UGCAACGUCUUCCAAUGAUGACCGACUCGACCUACAUACCGGACAUACACCAGGAUCUCACGUCGACGCGAGCCUGGGCUAACCCCGGACUGAAGGGCGUGGUUCUACUAGCCUGGGGGGUGACCCUCAGACAACUCAAUCAGUACCAGACCCCCACAGGAGUGAACGGAAUUUGUGAAGAGGAUGAGGUUGUCAUUAACGAGGCCCUGGAAGCUAACGUGUUCCACUUCCUGCGACUGGCUGUUGUAGCCGUACAUGAUUUCCAUAAAGAGGAAUAUUAUCUAAAGAAAGUCCACGGGCUGGUUACAGACUUCAUUUUUCAUAUGCCACUAAAGGUGAAAGAGCUGCGUACAAGAGGAGAUGAAGCGGCGAGAAUCGCGGCGUCCCAGAGUUCCCUAGAACCUCCCACGUCACCCAGUCAUGGCUUCCAGUACUUACUGAGACUGAUUGGAGAUUUAUACAGGACUGACCCCCUGGGUCUGAGGCUGUCUGUAGAGUACUGUUUAGAGCUGUUGAAACAGGACUUAGCGGGAGAGAACUCUUUGACUUGCUUGUUGUUGGGACUACUGAAGACUUGUCUGUCAAAAGACUGGUAAGGGACACCACUCUGUAUGAAGACUGUAUUAGA